GUGCAUCUCAGUAACAGCAGGCCGUCAGAGCUGUCAGCUGCUCGCCUCAGGAGAAGGGCACUGCAGCAAGUAACCUUCUUGACCGGCCCCUCGCAUUUACACUACACCUCCAAGGCCACGGCCACAGCCAGCUGCGAGCGGCGAGUUCUUUAAGGAGGCAGCAGCAGGCCGUUGCCUCGCUUUGCUUGGCCUGGCUAAAAGUUGGCUUCUUGGAGAGGACAAUUUCAGCCGGUCCCUUCUGCUUGCUUGUUUCGCUACAAGUAGCUCCGCUGCCUUCCUGUGAGGCGAGGCCGGCUGCCCUGAGCGGGAGAAGAAAGCCAGGAGAGGAUGAGCGUGACCAAGUUCAUAAAGUGCGUGACGGUGGGGGACGGCGCGGUGGGCAAGACCUGCAUGCUCAUCUGCUACACCAGCAACAAGUUCCCCACUGAUUACAUCCCCACGGUGUUCGACAAUUUCAGUGCCAAUGUCUCCGUGAAUGGGAACAUUGUCAACUUGGGUCUAUGGGACACUGCUGGGCAAGAGGAUUACAGCAGGUUGAGGCCACUGAGUUACAGGGGUGCAGAUGUAUUUGUGCUGGCUUUCUCCUUGAUCAGCAGGGCUAGCUAUGAGAAUGUUCUUAAGAAGUGGAUGCCAGAGCUUCGUCGAUUUGCACCGAAUGUUCCAGUUGUUCUUGUUGGGACCAAGUUAGAUCUCCGUGACCACAGAGCCUACCUUGCCGUUCAUCCAGGUGCUUCAACAAUCACAACAGCACAGGGAGAAGAACUGAGGAAGCAGAUUGGUGCUGCAGCUUAUAUUGAAUGCAGUUCCAAAACGCAGCAGAAUGUCAAGUCUGUCUUCGAUACCGCCAUCAAAGUGGUCCUUCAACCCCCUCGCAGAAGGGAGGUGAUGACUGCCAAGAAGAAAAGUAGGCGAAGCUCCGGAUGCUCUAUAAUGAACCUGAUGUGUGGCAGUACGUGUGUUGCCUAGGAGUCUAGGACACUGAACUUGAAGGUGAGGAUUGGUGUGGAUGUGUUAUGGCAAGUGAUUUUGCUACAGAAUGGGACACCGCAUGGAAUGCUGCUGCUUUUGUUUUCAAUAGCUCUUCUGCUGUAUGCUUGGGUUAUUAUACGUGUAGGCCUUCAUGCUCUCUCUUCAAGGGGACUGCUGUAGUAUCAGAAUCAGACUGCUGUAGUGUCAUGUAAGAAGGUUGUUGGACAAGGGAUUGAUGUAGUGUUCUGUAAGAAUACACAGGUUAGCUAAAGAAUGUUUUGCACCAUCUCAGGGCUAUGUCUCAAGUGUUCCAAUAAUUUUAUGAGCAUAUUCUGCAAGUUUGUCAACCAGUG